UAUACUGGAGCACUGGUUCAAGUCCUGGCUGCUCUACUUCUGAUCCAGCUCCCUGCUAAGGUGCCAGGGAAGCUGUGGAUGGCCCAAACCCUCGAGUUUUUGCUCUGCUUAGGAGUGACCUACGUGGAGCUCAGGAUUGCCUGGUCCAGCCCUGGCAGCUGCUGCCUUUUGGGGAGCAGGUGGAAACAUGCGCGCUCGCUCUCUCUCUCUGCUUUCUCAAUAAGCAUUUUUUAAGAGCAGCAGUAGCAGCACAAAGCUGAGGUUUUGCUGGUGACCUGCUCCUUGGGAGUUUGGCAUGUGCAAGAGGAAGGGUGUGGAACCUGUGAGUUUCACAAUAGUGGCAAAGGGAAGUCCUUGGCUUUAGGUUUGGGGUCCAGGAUUAGGAAGUUCUGUGCCUCCCUCCCCCACCUAAGGUUAUUUUCUUUCAGGGCUAGGUCAGUGAGAGGCCAACCAAGCUGGAAGGCUGAUCCCAAGCCCCCAGGCUCCACUGAUGAUCCCUCUUUGUUCUUGCAGCCCGGAGGCAGCCGGUGGGCAGAGCAUGGAGCUCUCUGACGUCCCCCUCAUUGAGGGCGUGGGAAAUGAGGUGAUGGUGGCCGCAGGUGUGGUGGUGCUGAUUCUAGCCUUGGUCCUGGCUUGGCUCUCCACCUAUGUAGCGGACAGCGGUAGCAGCCAGCUUCUAGGCACUAUUGUGUCAGCCGGUGAUGCUUCUGUCCUCCAACUGGGUCAUGUGGACCACCUGGUGGCGGGACAGGGAGCCUCCGAGCCCAGUGAGCUCCCACGUCCAUCAGAGGGUAAUGAGGAGAAAGCCGAAGAGGCUGGUGAAGGUGGGGGAGACCCCACAGGGGAGUCUGGAGCUGGAGGUGGUGCUGAGCCCAGCCUGGAGCAUCUCCUUGACAUCCAAGGCCUACCCAAAAGACAAGCAAACAUGGAAGGCCCCUUGCGGUCCGAGGAUGGCACCUGCACAUCACCCAGCCCCGGCCUCAUCAACGUGCGGCUCAAGUUCCUCAAUGACACUGAGGAACUGGCUGUGGCGAGGCCUGAGGACACUGUGGGUGCCCUGAAGAGCAAGUACUUCCCUGGACAAGAGAACCAGAUGAAAUUCAUCUAUCAGGGCCGCCUGCUGCAGGACCCAGGCCGCACCCUGCGCUCCCUGAACAUUACUGACAACUGUGUGAUUCACUGCCACCGCUCGCCCCCAGGGUCAGCUGUUGCAGGCCCCUCUGCCUCCCUGGCCCCCUCAGCUGCGGAACCAGCUAGCCUUGGUGUCAACGUGGGCAGCCUCAUGGUGCCCGUGUUCGUGGUGCUGCUGGGUGUGGUCUGGUACUUCCGUAUCAAUUACCGCCAGUUCUUCACAGCACCCGCCACUGUCUCCUUGGUAGGGGUCACAGUUUUCUUCAGCUUCCUAGUAUUUGGGAUGUACGGACGAUAAGGACAUAGGGAGAAAAUGAAAGGCAUGGUCUUCCUCCUUUAUGGCCUCCCCCCUUCAUGGCCAGAGCUGGGCCCAAGGGCCUGGGAGGGAGGAGUGGAAAGGACAUGGGAUUGCCCCUACUCUGUUGGGCAUGGGACACAGGCCCAGGACCACCUCUUCAUGUCCCCAGGGACAUAUACAUCCCUUCUGUGUGAAUACAACUCAGGUAGAUUAGAGGAUGUCCUCUUCACGUAAGGAGUCCUGAAGGAGUUGAAAGCUGAUGGGCAGAUUCAGUGGGAAAUUGGGUUCUGAGGGUUCCCUUCCAUGCAUAGUUACCACCCCCAAUACUUCCCAAAUGCCCUGCAUGUUCCUCCCCCCCAGCACCUAGGGCUGCCUGCCAGGGUGGCUUGGCAUGCUCCAGUGGGGAGCCUGGACCAUCUGCAGCUCCUUAACCAAGGACCAGUCUGUCACAAGUAAAAUCACACCAGCGGGGAUAAAGAUUGUGCCAGUCUUCCUCAUGUACUCCCAGCCACCUCUUUUCUCCCAGCCCUGUGGCAGGAAUAGGGCAUCUCUCAUGUUCUAGACAAUUCCCAGUGUUUUCCCCUUUCAGAGCACUUUUUUUCAUGUCUUGGUAGAGCUCAGUUGGGAUGGGGAAUGGGGCAUGGAGCCAAGCCCCUGGCAUGGGGAGAAGCCAGGCCACAGCUGCUACUCCCCUAGGCCUAAGGCUGUGAGCAAGAGACAGUGCUGGCCCUCUGCCAGCAUCCUACCCUGCCCAGCUCCAAGGACAAGCUCUGGGUAUGGCUCCUGGGGCCCUGAGCCCUCAUGUCUGGGGCUCUUGCAGGGUCACUAUCUCUGAAUAAAGUUCUAUUACUAUG